AUACAACAACAAAAAUGCAAAAACAACGAAGAAGGAAAAGUGCAGGACACAGGCUGCAAGUGACCCAGAAGCAUAGUUCAGUGUUUUUUUGUUAUGAUGUCGUUCCUCUGCAGAAGUGCUGCUUUCCUUCUGAAGUCCUCCAGAGCAGCGCCGGCUCUCCUGUCCAGUAGCCGCCUCUACAGCUCAGGAGGUCAGUAUGAGUAUAUCCUGGUGGAAAAGCGAGGCGAGCAGAGCAACGUGGGCUUCAUUCAGCUUAACCGACCCAAAGCUCUGAACGCUCUCUGUGAUGGUCUGAUGUUGGAGAUGGAAAGGGCACUAGAUGCUUUUGAAGCUGAUGCAGACGUCGGAGCCAUUGUCAUCACCGGUAGUGAGAGAGCCUUCGCUGCCGGUGCCGACAUUAAAGAGAUGCAAAAUCGAACCUUUCAAGAGUGCUACGGAGGAAACUUCCUUGUGCAUUGGAACCGAGUGUCCACAGUAAAGAAGCCUGUGAUUGCAGCUGUUAAUGGAUUUGCUCUGGGUGGAGGCUGCGAGCUCGCCAUGAUGUGUGACAUCAUCUACGCAGGAGAGAAGGCUCAGUUUGGCCAACCCGAAAUUCUACUGGGCACAAUUCCUGGAGCGGGCGGCACCCAGAGGCUCACUCGCGCUGUUGGCAAAUCUCUGGCAAUGGAAUUGGUACUGACAGGAGACAGGAUUAAUGCUCAGGAGGCAAAGCAAUCAGGUUUGGUGAGUAAAAUCUAUCCCGUGGAUCAGCUGGUAUCUGAAGCUGUUAAAUGUGGUGAGAAAAUUGCUGCCAAUUCAAAGCUCAUCAGCACUAUGGCUAAAGAGGCCGUCAACGCAGCUUUUGAACUGACUUUAGCUGAGGGGAAUCGCUUGGAGAAGCGUUUAUUCCACGCUACAUUUGCAACCGAUGACCGUAAAGAAGGCAUGACUGCCUUUGUAGAGAAAAGAAAAGCCCAUUUCAAGGACAAGUAGAAACAAAGUGUUUGCUGAUCACCUCCUAAUUUAAAAAUCGUGACUGUAAUGCAGCAAGCAGACUGAAUAUUGGCAUUCAGCACAAAAAGUUCCAGUAAAUCCUGGCCUGCUGGAGUGUAAUAAUACAAUCAUGUCCAGCCUGAUUGGAGGAGGUUUGAUCUGAUAACUGGUGUAGCCUGUGUGUGACAGGAGUCAGUCUGGAUGACUUGUAUUAAAUUUGCCUUUUCUUUUUUAAAUGUAUGUUUUCUGUGUAGGUUUUACUAAUAAAGCUAAUGAUUUUCA